AGGUUUACAAGACUUCCACAGUGUAUGCUACUCACAGUAUACUGUCAACAAUUCGUAUCAUUAGGGCAUCAUUCACUUUUGAAGAUAAGGAAAUAAUCGCUACCUCCAGUUCCAGGAUGGAUAAGAAAUAUUACAAGGGGAGUUCCUGCAAACGGGAGUCUGUAGCACUUACUGCUGUUGCAUUACAAGAUCACAUUUUACAUAAUCUUCAGCUCCAGAAUCUUUCAUUAGUAGAUCCUUUAAAGUUAAAUAAAAAGCAUACAUACAGACCUGUGAACAAAGAGACAGUUAAAGCAAUAGUAGAUACUGGACUGAAGAAGAAAACAAGCAAUCACCAUCAAAAGAAUGAAGAUCCAGAAAAGGAAUAUGUCCUUGAUCCAUGUCCACCACCUCUCACUUUAGCUCAAAAAUUUGGACUGGUGGAUCUCCCUGCCAAACCAUUAACUAUGGAGGAAUGGGAGCAAGUGAAACAACGAUCUAUAAAACAAGGAGAUUCUGUUCAGCCUUGUGCCAUAUGCAGAGAAGAAUUUGCACUUCAGCCACAGGUUUUGCUUUCAUGUUCUCAUGUAUUUCACAAAGCAUGCCUGAAAGCUUUUGAAAGAUUUGCAGGUAAGAAGACCUGUCCAAUGUGUAGAAAAAUCCAGUAUCAGACUCGAGUAAUUCAUGAUGGAGCACGUCUAUUUAAAAUAAAGUGUGCAACAAGAAUUCAAGCUUUCUGGCGAGGAUACAUUGUUAGAAAAUGGUAUAAAAAUCUGAGAAAAACAGUGCCGCCAAAAGAUGCCAAGCUAAGAAAAAAGUUCUUUGAGGAAAAGUUUACAGAGAUCUGCCAAAGAUUAUUGCAUUCCUAUGAUACCCACAUAGAUGAAUUCUUCUCAGAAAUUGAUUCUGAUGUAGCCACAAGCCAGACUGUGUUUCAGCAACUUGACCACGUAUUUGGUCCACACAUAAGUGAAGUUGAGUGGGAAAAGAUACAGAUGCAGGCUUUUCGCCAAGACAUUGUUGACUGCCCAAUUUGCAUUAUGCCACUGGGGCACCCUCAUCUUCAGGAUGAACUCUCCCAUGACAGCGGCCCAUCAUAUCUCCGUCAGACUGUUCUGCUUUCCUGUUCUCAUAUUUUUCACUGUACUUGUCUUCAAGCAUUUGAAGAGUUUUCCUUGGGGGAAAGACCUGUAUGUCCUUUAUGCCGCUCCUGUUAUCAAAAGAAAAUUCUCACCUAAUAUUUUUUUUAAAUAUUACAUUUUCAUCCAA